AGAGUCGUCAGGGCCAAUUAGGGAUUCAGAUUCCAAGUAGAUUUUCAGGUUUUUCGAUCAGUUGCAGAUACUAUUCAAAAACAUCUGGCAUCUCUGCUCUAAUACGAAAACAAUAACAACUCUGUGAAAAUAAUACUGCAUAGAUUGUUAAAAUUUAGUUUCACCAUGUCCAAACAGUACGGAUUAAUAGAUCCUAAGGCAAUUAGGGCAUCGAAAACAGUUUUAAAAAAACCGACCGCUUUCGAAAGUGAUUCGGAUUCUGAUGCAACUACUCCUAGGCACAACAUUAAAGCUGAGCUGGGGGAAUGUCAAAAGCGGCAAGCAGCUCGAGCACAGGAAAAAGCUCUAGCGGAAGAUCCAACUAUAUAUCAAUACGAUGAGUUGUACGAUGAGAUGGAUGGCAAACGAAAGGAAGCCAAAACUAGCAAGUCGAAGGAGGAACGCAAACCGAAAUACAUUGGGAAACUUCUAGAGACGGCUGAAAAGCGCAAAAAGGAGCAGGAACGACGUAUUGAAAGGCAGGUCCAGAAAGAACGAGAAGCAGAAGGGGAAAUGUUUAAGGACAAAGAAUCGUUCGUUACUUCCGCUUAUCGUGCGAAACUGGAGGAGAUGAAAGAAGCAGAGGAACAAGAAAAGCGCGAAGAAUAUUUGGAAAGUAUUGGGGAUGUUACUAAACAGGAUGACUUAGGGGGAUUCUACCGGCAUAUUUAUUCACAGAAGGUUGGUGAAAGCAGCGUGAAAAUUGUGGAACCACAGAUUGAUAACAGAAUAAAAUCGAGCGAUUCUGAAGAUGAUACAAAUGAUAAAAAUGAACGAAACGUUGAAACUGAUUCAAAAAAGGUUCUGAACCAAGCUAAACAUAUGGAAACAAUGCAUCCAAGAAAAUAUCGUAAAAGACGAUCUGACGAGGAUGAUAAUAUUGAUGCGGAAAAAAAUGAUCAUUCGAAUAAAAUUCAUCUACAUUCUAAUUUGGAUGCCGAUUCGGAUUUUAGUAUAGAUUCAAACAGUAGCAGUAGUGAGACCGGAAGUAGCAGUGAAAGUAGCGACAAUGAAGAUGCGAAGGGCCACGAGGACAAACCUAAAGACGGUAAGUUUGAAAAUAAGAGCAUAGAAACCGAACCAGAUGGUGGGCCUAAGAAUGGUGUUGAUGAAAAGUUAGAGGAAGAUGUUAAACCUACUAAUGGAACAGACGCAGCAAUAAUUGAUGAUGUGAAGACACACAAGAAAGAAGUAAAGAAAAAAGAAUCGAAAGUUGAUAUUUGGAAAAAGCGAACAAUCGGAGCAGUAUUCGAUGCGGCUUUGCAAAGAUAUUAUGAACGAAAGGCGGCGAGAGAAUCUGGUUAGGGUACGGCUCGUUAGGAAAUUGCAUGGAAAUGAAUAAACAACAUAAGAAAACAUGAAUCGUAUAAACCCGAAUCUUUUUAGAGCGUA